AUGCCGGUACCAUACUACUAUGGUUUGGCACCUAUGGUUCUACCCCCACUGGAUGAUGUAAUCUCAAUUGCUCUUCGCGGUCCUGGCGUAGAAGAGUUGCACUUUGAUCUGACCAAUGAAAAGAGAAAAAAUGAAUUAAUCGAGAUCUUGACUAGUGGCCAUGGGCGUGUCCCAAUAUCUGUCACGGAGAGUUGUCUUGAUGAACACGAGUUAGCGCAGCAAGAGGAUUGGACAUUAAGACAGAUUUUCGAUCAUCGUGUUGAUCGCCCAAGCUGUAAAAUUACGAAACUGGCAAAGGAACUGGAAAGAAUGAAGAUGCCAAGUCAUCCGGGAGGCGCCGGAGAUUUACGGUGGCGCUCAAUUGACAACGCCCCAGCAGUCCGACAGUAUCUGAAAACACUACAUAUGAUCUUAACUAGUGGUCAUGGGCGUGUCCCAAUAUCUGUCACGGAGAGCCAAGUCAUCCGGGAGGGGCCGGAGAUUUACGGUGGCGUUCAAUUGACAAUGCCCCAGCAGUCCGACAGUAUCUGA